UGUGACGUGGGUUCAUCAGGCUGCGGUGAUAGUCCUCCACAUAACCCAGAACGUGGAGUGUCAUUUCUUGUCUUUGAGUCUUGUGUUCUAAUAAGGUGGAAUUUUUGGGGGGCAUUACACACGUAAUCUAAUAGAUGUCUGUCUUGUGGAAUAUAACGCAGUGUGGUCCUGUGAAAGUCGUAGUUUCUGGGGAAACUGCCAUCUUCAGGGCCGAAGAGUAAGCCAAGCAAGAGGCCUGCAUGAAACAGGCAAUUGGCGUACAGUCGACGCAGAGGAUGGAAGUGAUGUGUUCCUUAGAAACAUCUGUUGACUUGUGCUGAACUUUGUGGGCAUUUUUCCAAGAAGCUUGCACCAUAGUUACAGGAAUUGUUGGCCAGCUUGCACAAAUUCAUAAUGAAACUAUAUUGGCUGCUUCUAUGAGACUUUGUGAAGUGCUUCCAUCUGCAGUUGAAGAGCAUUGUAUUAAUGUCAUUAAAACCUUGGAGCCGUUUCUCAUAAAUCCGAAAUUUUCAGAAAUAUUCACUCCUGAUGUUUUCUGCUAUGGCAUCGAUGUUUGCUAUCUGGACCGUGGCCAAGGUUAUUGCCACCUUUUUUCAAAACCAGUUACAAACUUCAGAAAUACUGUGCAAGAAAUGAAGAAACUUGUUUGGACAUCAUCACACAUGAGGAAUGGUUUGAAAAAAAAUGAAUUCCAUCAGCACUUGCAGCAGCUGGACUUUGAUGUCUGUAGCUUACCAGCCAUCCAUGAACUGUGUGAAAUGUUCAACAGGAGCUGGGGACUGAUUCAACCAGCAUUUGAUGUUGACAGGGACUGGUUCAGUGUUGUUGGUCCUGCACGUGGCACAUUUUGGCGUGGACGAGACUGCUGUGAUUGGGAUUUUGGUUCCUACCCUGGACGACAGCCGUUUAAUGGGGAUGUAACUGCAGACUAUAAUUGCAAUGGGAUAUGGGGGUUCAAUCCUGUUACGGGAACACCAUGGGAAGACAUACUGUGUAAGGACUUCGAUUCUCGAGGAAUCAUCUAUGUAGGUGAUUCUGUUGGGGCACAUUUCCACUUUCCUGAAUCAUGGAUCAACCCGUUGCUUAUUUCCAAGGAAACAUUGCACAAUUACACAGAACCAUUAAUGAAUGAAUUGGAUUGGCCUCAUCUUGGUUUUGCAACCGGAUUUAUGAACACAACUGAGCCAUUGCUUAUCAAGGGUGUUACAGAUUCUUUGUACUUGAAGCUACGUUCACGAAACAGGUGCAACCAUCGAGAUUACCAGAACCUGUCCAAAAAUGGUGCAUCAAGCUAUGAUGGAAUGACUUAUGUAGAAAGCCUUGCACGGAAUCACUCUACAGAUAAGCCUAUUCUUUUUCUGUAUGGAAUGUAUGGCAAUGAUGUCUGUAACAGAUUUUCAGAUUCUGUGCCUCACAUGACAUCUGCUGUCGCAUUCCACGAGAAUGUGAUGAAUGUUCUAACCACACUGAAUGCAGUGUUACCAUUUGGGAGCCAUGUGAUAUUGAUAGGCCUUGUUGAUGGAGGAUUCAUCUAUCCAACAAUGGCAAAUAGAAUUCAUCCACUAGGGCAGUUUCAAGGCAACAUUCGCUAUAAUGAUGUGUAUGCCUGGUUCAAUUGUAUGGAGAUGGGGCCUUGUUCUGCUUGGAUGAAUAGCAAUGUAACACUUAGGAAGAUGGCAACACUGCGAUCACAACAGCUGUCAGUUGUGUUGAAGAAUAUAGCUGCCAAAGAACAGUUUGCUGCAUUUUCAUUACACUACUUGGACAACCCUGUGCUGAAAGUCAUGUGGGGAUGGAAACAGCAAGGAAAACCCCUGUGGCAACUGAUUGACCCAGUGGACAGUUUGCAUCCUUCCCAGCUGGCUCAACCCUUGAUAGCCAGAGUCCUAUGGGAUGACAUCAUGAGGAACUUCCCUGAAGCUCUUGGGGAUGAAAAUCCUAAUAAUCAAAGAAUUGAGGAGUUGUUUGGAAAUCAGGGUGGUCAUUGAGUUUCUCUUCGUGAUAUUAAAUACUAAUGCAUCAAUUUUGUGAGAUACCUUCCAUAACAGAAGUAGGGAAGAAUUUCCGUGUCUUUCAACUCUUUCAGUUCAACUAUGAAACAUGUGUUAAAACUUUUUAUAAACUGAGUCAUUUUGCUUUACAGCUUCAAAUCUUUGGGUUCUAAGUAUAUGCUUGAGGCAGCCUCUAAUAUCAGCAAAGAAGCACAUCAUGUAGGGUUGCCAGGCAUUCCUUAUGUACAGGAUUAAUUUUCUUGGCAGGUUACUCCUCAGGACUGAAUUAUCACUAGGAGAUACAGUCACGUAUGCUUUUCUGAAGGCUCUGUAUAGAUUGCCAUUGUACAAGCUCAUGAUGAGUGGGCGCAUGCAGUGUUCUCAUUGAACUGAGGUAUUUCAAAGAUGAAUGCUGAAUUUUAGAUAUCAACAUCAUCAGUAAUCUGUCAAGAUGACAGGUUCACAGUCUCUUCCAAAACAAUUCCUCCAUUUAAUAAGAUCUAGA